AUGGUUGGUAUUAGUCGUCAGUUGGUCGUGCUGGUAUGCCUGCUUGCGGUGGCGUACUGUUUCACCGCAGAAGAAGUUGAAAUAUUCCAACUACAAAAGGAGAUAGCUAAGAAGUAUGGCGAUUUCUACAAGUUUUUGAAGCUGCCUAAUGGGAAGUCAUCUACUGAGAAGCAAAUUAAUAAGAAUUUGAGGAAGUUGGCUAGAAAGUACCAUCCGGAUAAGAAUCCCAAGCACAAGAAGCUCUAUGCCCGUUUGAACUUGGCCACCAAGAUUCUAACGAACCAUUCUUCUCGUAAGACUUACGACUAUUAUCUUAAGAAUGGAUUCCCAGACUACGAUUUUAGCAAAGGUGGUUUCUUUUUCCAAAGAGCUCAGCCAAAGACGUGGUUUAUCAUUGGUUUCGUCUUAUUAGUUGCUACAGCUUUCCACUACAUCAUCUUGAAGUUGCAAUAUAAUUCAAACAGAAGAAGAAUAGCUAGAUUCAUUCAAAGUUGUAAAGAACAAGAUACCACUGAUGGUCUGGGAGAGAAAUCUCUGUUCUUUAAGCAACAUGAGGAUGACCCAGGUAAAGAACUUGUACUAAGAUUCGGUGAUGUAUUUGUCAUAGAAGAAGAUGGUUCUGAAUCUCUGAUCUCUGAGGACACCAUUGAGGAACCUAAACUCACCGAUGCUCUAUUAUUCAAGUUUUUAAAUGCCGUCAAGAAUAGAACUGUUGGUAAACUUUUCAAGAGUACCACUAAGAAACUACACGAGGAAACUACCGAGAAGAUUGAUGUGGCAGAAGACAAUUCAAAUGACGAUAAGAAACCAAAGGCUGAAAUGAAAAUUAAGCCUGGUCAAAAGAAAAUGACAUUGCCAAAUGGAAAGGUAAUUUAUUCUCGUAAAUCGGACUGA